GCGGGGAGCUGGCGGCGGGCAGAAGUUUGACAGGAGCUCGAGCUAUCGCGCCGUCGAGCGGCCGGCCGUCGGAUCUCCUCAGCGAACCGACGACUUCGUUUACCUCCCCCCCCCUCUUGUUAAACUCAACACCCUUUCCUCAGACAACACCUUUCGGUGGCUAUUGUUUUGUUUUUUUCGGUUUAAUUUUGCGAGAGGUUUAAGAAAAGAACUAUGUCUCGCAAACCCGAGGAUAUCAACAGGCUCACGGAGAGCACGUACAAGACUGUAAUGGAACAGUUUAAUCCAGGAUUACGGAAUCUCGUAAAUCUAGGCAAAAAUUAUGAAAAAGCUGUUAGUGCUAUGGUGGGAGCAGGCAAGAUAUAUUUUGAUGCCAUUUCGAAGUUGGGAGAGAUGAGUUCACAAUCGCCAGUGUCCAGAGAACUGGGCCAAGUCUUAAUGGAUAUUUCAAACGCUCACAAGAAACUCAACUUAGAAAUGGAAGAUAAUUUUAGGAAAUUUCAUAAAGACAUAAUCGGUGAAUUGGAGAGAAAAACGGAUCAAGAUAUGAAGUACAUGAAUGCAACUCUUAAAAAGUACCAAACAGAACACAGAACUAAAUUAGAUUCCCUGGAAAAGUCUCAAGCAGAACUCAAGAAACUUCGAAGGAAAAGUCAAGGAACGAAAAAUGCUUACAAAUAUGAAAAUAAAGAAAUGGAGUUUCUAGCAACUAUCAGUACGAGGGAAAGCGACAUUCAGAGGUUCAUCACUGAUGGCUGCAAAGAGGCAUUACUUGAAGAAAAAAGACGGUUCUGCUUCCUAGUGGACAAGCAUUGCAUUUUUUCCCAAGACCUAAGCAAUUACCAUGAAAAGGCCAAUGGACUUCUUCGUGCCAAAAUAAAUAUUUGGCAGGAUAAGUGCUUGGAUGCCACAAACGUGCCGGACUUCUUGAAUGAAGAUGAUAGCAGCUUCCCAUCAUAUCCAUCCAAAACUCCUCAACCUUCUCCAAUGAUAGGAAGAUACUCUGUACAUGAUCCUACAUUACAGAACAAUAUAAAAAUACCACCAGCUCCUCCUGGAAGAAUUCAGAAAAGUCCUCUGCCAGAUAUGUUCAACCACCCAAAUGCACAGCGCAUAGCCUCGAUUGAGAGAAAUACCGAAUCCACAGAGGAUAUCGGUCUAUCAAGAUCCAUUUCUGUUGCAACUGGACUGAACAUGGUUCAAAGGCCAAAAGUGAAAAGCAUUUUUCCACACACUGCAGGAAAUAACAAGAAUAUGUUGAGCUUUUCAGAAGGGGAUGUACUAACACUUCUAAUACCAGAAGAAAAGGAUGGCUGGCUGUAUGGAGAACAUGAUAUAACCAAACUGAGAGGUUGGUUUCCGACUUCCUACACCAGGCCACUAGAACAAGCUCCAGAUAUGUCACCUGCACUCAGCACAGCUUCUGCACGGAGUAUCAGCAUCCUUAAUCUUGCAGAGAGGUCAAAUGUUGCCCUACCUCCACCAGAUUAUGAAUCAAUGCCACUUAGGCAUCACAACAAGGAAAUGACAUUCCACUCUUACAGCAGUGCUCCUAAUCGAGGAAUUCUACCUCAACCAGACAACUCAGACUCGAGUUCAGAAGUGAAUGGCACUAUGAAGCCACCUUUCCUCAGCGGAGGAAAUCCUUUUGCAACUGUAAAACUCCGACCAACAGUAACAAAUGACAGAUCGGCACCCGUGAUUUAGUGCGCGGGUAACAAAUGCAGUUCCUGUACAAGAUGUGAAAUGGAAACCGGCAGAUGCUAUUCUAGAUUGACAUUAUAUAUACAAUCAUGCCUUCCACACAAGCUACUGUCUCAACAGUUAUCCUUAUAAUAUCAGUUAUUUAUGCUCUUCAAAUUGUAAAAACACUCCUAUUUUAUAUAGAUAAUGGUGGGACCAGAAGCUAUGAUUUAUGAAAGAAUACAGCAUUUACAGCUGCUCUUGUCACUAAACGUUUAGAAGGGAGAAAGGUUUUUUUUAGGAUUUAUUCAUUGUUGGAAAAUGCUGUUGCCUUCCAAAAUCCCGAUGCAUCAGACAUUUUCAUCUACCAGCUUGUGCACUAUUUAAGCAGAAAAUUUAUUCCAUUUGACAUUUAAUGUUUAAUGAAAUAUUAUUGUUGAAAAAAUCUUGUAAAUGUAUUACUCAUUGUUCUGUUUGUUGAGGAAUAAGACUCCAAAGGUUGUUUGUGCAAGCUUUGAGUGUUCAGGCAGCAACUAGCUCAUAGUUUUUGAAACUAGUGAUAGGCUAAAGCAUACUUUGUUUUGGCAUCGGCGAUGGAAGUCAUACAUACAUCAAUCAGCUCUACCUACUCAAUUGUUUUCUCUCAGGGAUGUAUAUUUUUUAAAUCUUUCUUUCCUAUUCACUGUUGCAUUAACAACACUUUAUUUCCUACCUUCCCCCCCCCCCCCCCCCCCAGAACUUUUAAUUUAAACCUAAUUAAGAGUUGGUUGAAAGGUGAUGGGACUAAUUUACAUUUUUGACAUAAAAGCCAGAGGAUAUUCUCCCUCCCCUCUUCUAUUUAAUGUUUUGCAUUUUAAUUUGUAUAUGUGAUGAUGACAGAUGAUGAGCCUAGCAGGAAAAGCUGGAUUAAUAUUGUGUAGAUCAUUGUACUUCAGGCUUGAAUUUAACAUUUUGAACAUCUAACCCCAAUCAAAAUGGAUAGUGAUCCACACUGCAGCCAAAAAUCUUUAAUCUAUCUUUUUCUGUUAUGAUGUAGCUGGACUGCUGCACUUUCUCCCAAUAUAUUCUAGUUACAUUUCUCCAUAGCCCAUUUUCUUCCAUUGCUGCUCCAAAUACAAGCACAGCUCUAUAGUAGCCCAAUCAGCUAGCUUCCUGAAACUUAAAUGCUGCAGUAGACCCAUUUGAAGUGCAUUUCAGAUUUAUCAGCCAAAGAUUGUGAUUUAAAGAAAAUUCUGCAUAUUUAAUGGGUUAGUAUCUUUGAAGUUGUGCCAUAGAGAUGAUCCUCGUUUAAAGUGAUCUGUGCAUGUAGAGGUGAUUUGUGCUUCAACUUCAUACAAUAUGAGGGUGCACAAUAGUAGUCAGCUGGACUACUAGAGUAAUAGUAGUCAGUUAGACUGAUGUAGCAAAUACCAAAUUUCCAGUGAGUCUGAGCAAGUGUAAAAGGAGUAAAGAAAAGCCAUUUCAAUCCACACCAGCAUCUCUGAUUAAUAUCAAUUCACUCUUUCAGGCAUAUUCCCUCCAAAUGUGUUGGGUUUUCCUUUCUGUGGGGAGAAUGAGUAUUCAGUCUUUUUUUUACCACUCUCUGUCACCUACCCUUUUGGUAUAUGUCACUUAAACUUCUGGAGUGUUUUGCUUCAUGUUACCGAGCCCAGUGACAGUACUUUAGAAAUGAACACUAAAUGUGGAAAUAUCAGAAUGUAACAUCAGUUGUACGUUAGGACCAAAAUACAGCGAUGACCAAUGGAACAAUUUAAUUUGAAUGUGACUUCUGUAGCUGUUCAGAGAAUUUUAAAUAGUGCCUUCAUGAGCACAGGAAUGGAGGGGAAAUAGGAGACCUGUAUGUGUAAAUUCUAAAUCUUAACAUACAGAAGUGAUAUUUUUCGAGGUGAAUAAGAUGCAAAAAGCCCCUUGCCUAUUUAAUUUACCAAUCAAAGAAAAUCUUCAUCCAUCUAAUUCUUGAAGUGCUCACACAUUUUCACCUCCGCUUCCAGUCUUUUCCAGCAGUGGCAAAUCGAGGUUAAACUUUCACUAUUUUGAAUAUAUGACCUGUACAACUUUUGUAUAACAUUGCCAUGGAGUUUGGCAUUUAUUGCUUAUGAUGUUCACUUUUCCAUAAGGCUUGCACUGCCAUUGGUUAUUCAAGACUUGUUGCUGUCAGCUGGUGUUGGAAGUAAGCUUUAUGGCUAACAUUUCCAAAUCUCAACCCCCACACUCUUCACCACAAGAAUAUUUCCUUUAGUCUUGGAGAUCCAAGUGCACAUCAAACUCAAGGCCUAGUUUAAUCUGCUGAUGAAAAUAAAUAUAUUUUUAAAAGCUGCAGAUGAAAUAAUAAAAACAAAUAGUUGUUGUCAUCAGGCCAGGCGGCGUCUGUGGAAAGAAAUGGUGAACGUUUCAGGUUAGGUUGAGGAGUCUCAGAUUUGAAAUAUUAAUCUCGUCUUCUCUUUCCACCCACGCAUCUUCACCUGCUGAUGGUCCCAAACAUUUUCUGUUUUUAUUUCUAAUCUGUGCAGUUGUCUCUGACUUGCAUUCAACUUGCAUAUUAACCAAAUAAUCGGUUCCUUCCAUUGGUUACUCGACUGUAGCCAAAUGACAAGUAUUUCAACUUGAAGUAUUUGACCCAAAAAUUCAACUCGGAUGUAGGGAAGAGAUCGAUAUCAGUCUGAUAUUUGAAUGUUAGAUUUGCUGCGAAUUGGUGGGUUUUAAAAAAAAUUAUUUUCCUGUUGCCAUUUCGUAUUCUUUUCUCCAAUUUUGGUAAUCAUCCUUUUCACCUCUACAGCGAGCCUGUGCUUUAAUCCAUGAUAUUUGGCAUAAACAGUUAAUUUGCCAUAUUUGUCACUGAAUUAUUCUGUUGAAAGCAAUAUUAGAUUAAUCCCGUCACUGUUCUAUGUCCUGCUUCAGAACUAAUUUGUUAAAUUAGUGAGGGGAAAAAAGCACAACGUACUCUUGUGGAAGUGAUACUGGUGAAGAACCAAAGUGUUUGCUUUGUAUAUGAUGUGGUUAAAUUGAUGAGAUGAAACAAAUUCUAAAUAUUUAGCUUUACAUUACUAAAGAAUCUGUAUUAGAAUUAAAUUAUAUCCCUUCAUUGGGGAGCAUUUUUGUCCAUGACAAGAUGAGCAAUAAUUUAAAUAUCCAUUGCUCUCCAGUGAAAAUGCAAUAAAAGGUGUAUCAUGCUUGUUGUCAGAAGAUAACAUUUAUUGUAUUGAUAGUAUAUUUUAUAAAAAGGAACUCGAUUAAUCAAUAUGAUUUAAUGUUGAACUAAA